ACUUAAAAUCUGGUUAGAAUGAGAUCUUGCGGGAAGGAACGUUAAUUAUUUCGGCUGUCAAGGGAGGGUUUAGAAAUGCUUCUUAAUAGCCUGUUUUAUGACCCUGCGGGAGCAAUGGGAGGAGUUAAGGGCGCUCACCAGUAACCCUGGCAAGAAAGCGGCUUCAGUCAAGUCAUUAAAUAAAUACGCCCGAAAUCCUUUGCACGCUUCUUUGGGACCAAGCCCCACUAAACCGGGCGCCUAGGUCUGUGCAGCCUGAUCCUGCGCCCGCUUGCUCGGAAGUAAAUCAGAUUCGGGUUCAUUGAGACUUGCUCCCAGGCAGAUACGUUUAGGCUACAGCCUUAAUAAGGUGUGAAGACUAGGUAGCUACAUCUAUUUGUUCUGUAGAGUGAACACCGUGCACUUUUCCUUUGGUUUAGCGUUUUGAUAAACUGAGGCUGCAAUCCUAAACAUUCUUACUAGGGAGUAAGGUCCACUGAACACGGUGGGGCUUCCUGCUGAGUCAACGUGCGUAGGAUUGCUUGUGAGCUUUGGACUGGAAGUCUCUGCAGGGACAGGGUGUUCUAGUGCAAUAGUACUGAAGGGGUUGGAAGAAUUGCACCUGCCAAAAUGUCCUUUUCUAUAAUUAAUACAUGUGCAGAGCUCCCCUAAAGUGCAGAGAAUUAUUUAUUGAUUCACAGCAUGGCAAUCAUUUACUGUAUCUUCUGUUUUGAAACCUGGACUAGGCACUGUAAAGCGAGUCAUGCUGUUUACUGGGGGGGUGGGUAGAUGUAAGGAAAUGAGGUUGGCAUCAAGACAGCCAUAGGAGCUUUCCGCAGCUGAUAGGCUCUCCUAGUGGCAAAUUGGGUGUUGGAAACCCUAGUAAAAGGCCACAUAAACUCAGAAACCGAUUCAAAAAUGAGGAGGAAAAUGGCAGCCAAGCGGAAUAUGGUAGCUCAGUAUCUACAGUGUCCGGCACCACUGGAGCAAAGAGUGCAGCCGUCAGUGAAAAUGGAGAAGGAGCCAGACCCAAUGGGUUCUGACGCACUGGGGAUAUCAGAGGGUUCAGUAAAAACCUAUCGUAUUGUGCAGGUUGGGACAGCUGGAGGCGGCCUAAGGCUGAUAACACCUCAGCAGACCAGGAGCGAACGGCUGGAAACACCCCAGCGGUGGGAGAUUCAGGGGCAACAGGAAUUGCCAACGCCAGAUCUCACGCCAGUUCAGUCGCCGGCGUGGAGGAACCUGCAAGUGCCAGAACUCACAUUGACAGAAGACGUUGAGACCUACCUGGCUACCUUUGAGGACGUGGCAGAGGCCUGCAAGUGGCCGAAGGAACAGUGGGUGACGCGGCUCAUGCCCGCCCUCAAUGGAGCCGCGCUGCAGGCCUACAAUAACUUGGAUCCCAGAGAGAGUGGGGAUUAUGGGAAAGUGAAGGCCGCUAUCUUGCGAGAGGAUGCCGUCAGUCUGGAGAGGCAGCGCCAGAACUUCAGGCACUUCCGCUACCAGGAGGCCGAGGGCCCUCGCGAGGUCUGUGCCCGCCUGCGAGGGCUCUGCCAUCGCUGGCUGGAGCCAGAAAGCCGCACCAAGGAGCAGAUUGUGGAGCUGUUGGUCCUGGAGCAGUUCCUGACCAUCCUGCCAGAGGAAAUGCAGGACUGGGUUCAGGAAUAUCGCCCCAAGACCUGCGUUCAGGCCGUGACCCUGGCAGAGCAUUUCCUGCUGAAGCAGCAGGAAGGCGAGAGGUGGGAUCAGCAGGUGCUGGGGCCUUUUGUACUCGAGGAGGCUGUGAGCUUCCCAGAAACUGAGCAAGUGCCCUUGGACACCAGGCAGACGAUGCUUUGCAGAGAUGCCAAGGAGGAGGUGAACGAAAAUGCCACUUCAUUGGCAGGUGAAGAGAUCCAGACCAAAAACGAGGGGGGCUUUCUAAUACAGGAAAGCAUAAAGAAGCAGAGAAGCCGGAUGCUCCCCACCUUGCAGCCAGCCCAGUUCGCCUGCCAGAACGUCGACGGCCAGCAGCCUGCGAAUAAGCAAGACGCGCUUUUCCCCUGCCCCGAAUGCGGGAAGAACUUCUCUCGCAAAUCCACCCUCACCAGGCACCGGAGGGUCCACACUGGGGUCAAGCCCCACCAGUGCACCGAAUGCGGGAAAAGGUUCCUGCACAAAUUCAACCUGGUGAACCACAUGAGAACCCACCUGCGGGAGGAAGCGAGCCGCUGUUCACUUUGCGGGAAGAAUGCAAAGUGGAAUUCGGGCCAGGGGGGCCACGACAGGAAGGCCGGGUGCUGCGAAUGCGCAGAAAGUUUCGGCCUGCAGUUCAGUGCAGAGCAGAGCAUGCAGGAGAGGGAAGAGCCCUUCAGCUGACUUGAAGGCAAAGGCGGGAAUUGUAGCUGACUUGAAUGUAGAGGAAUUUUUUUUUAGGAAAUACUCUAAACCUAGGGGAUCUGUUUUAUUUUUAUUUUUGUCCUGGAACUCUUUAGAAGCAGGAACUGCCUUCUGAUGACGAGGUGGUUACCUUUAACAUAAUCGAAGCAAAGAAUGCCUUCAGCAGCUCAGAUGGGUUGUAUGUUUGUUUGUUUUCCUUUGGAUGUUUGUCAGUUUAUGGAGGGGAGUGUGGUGUAAGAAGGCAAAGAAGCCCCAACCUGCAUUUACAGUGGGAAAUAUUUGCUCCUCCUAAUGCCGUUGUGAAAGAGAGCAAAGAUGGACAAGGAUCCCUGUUGUGUCAGUUGCACAGGACCUACAUGCAGAACUAGUAAAAACUACACACAAACGCAAUGUGAUUGAACGGCAUCUUAUCCACACACUCUUUUCAACUGACAGAAUAGCUGUCUGAAUAUGGAAAUCUGAGCAGUGAAAAGAUAAGCUUCACCCUCAAAACUUAUUAUCAUAAAUAGGAAUGCAAGCUCAAAGUAUCUGUAUUGGAUGAUCUGGAAAGCCAUGUGGGUGGGUGCCAACCAAUCAUAUUUUGGCUAAGAAAUGACAUAGUCAGAAUUCUGUUAGUUUGGAGCAAACUCCUGGUAAUGUGUCACCUCAAAGGCCUUCAAACCACUUCCUCCUUCAUGGUGGUCUUUAACAAAACAUACUCACUAUUGCAACGUGGAGGAGAUCUGUUCUAUUGACAUUCAACUUUUCUUUGUUUUUCUUUUUUCAUAGCCUCUCAAUUUAGAAGUGGAGCAAUUCAUAAAGAAUAUUUGUUGUCCAUUCAAACUUCUCCUUUUACAAUUUGUGGCAUGAGAUCUCCCUCUGACACUAGUUUUCUCCCCACCCAAUUAAUUUACUUUUACUUCUUUUUUUACUUUUAAGAAUUAAAAGAGUCUCCAUAGUUUCACAUGCCCAAGGGGGACCUUGGACUCAUGUUUUUUUCCUCAAAUAACAGCUUUCCAUACCACUAAAGCAUUUCAGAAGUAGUUUGUGAUAAGAAAUGGGAGGUCUGAUAUUCAAAAGGGUGGGGGGAGUUUUUAAAAAUCCUACUGUGUAUGGCUAACGUAGCUUUUGGAACUCUGCCUCCGUUUAUUUGUACAAGUCUGUCAAAACACGUUUCAGUAUUUCAAGCCUUUCUAACACUACCAGUUUUAACCCCUGUAACACUGUUGAUACACCAAAAUUGCAUGUUUGGAAACCUGCAAUGGUUAUAGCUGCAUAUGUAAAUUUUAGGGUUUUUUUAAAAAAAAGAGAGAGAAAGAAAAAAAGGAAUUGUUUUCAUAAAAAUUUUUUAUUAAAGCUUUAUUUUUGUGUAGUUUGCACAUUAAAAAAAGUUUAAUGUUGUAA